AAAAAGGAACAACUUUGGGCAACCAAUCUCCAACAAAUCAAAACAUGUAGAACAAAAUCCUAGUUUACUUGGUCCAACUAGCUGUCUGUUUGUAGUGUUACCAUUACUAAUCCCCUAAGUAUAUCUCUGUUGUUUGAAAAAACAAACCAAACAGAAUUAGAAAACAAGCUUGUGCAAAUAAAUCACACAAAAAAUCCCAGUUCGUCCAACAGAUUAGCUACUCAGAUCGUUCGCAGUCAAGAAGAAGAAAAACAGCGAAGACUAGCCCUCAAAUCCAAAUUAGUUGUCACGGUUUUUUUCUUUUCAAAAUGAGCGAAUCUAUCCACUGAAAUUUGUCUAGAUACAUGCAUAUCUAACCAAAAGAACCGAGCUGUUUUUUUUUUGUUUUUGAGAAUUCACUGAAGGGUAAGAAUUCACGGCUGACAUGCAAGUCGUCGUGCCUUCCCGGGCCGUUGACCACCUGCCUUGCGCUUGGCGAGCUGAACAAGACCGAGAGUUGACUGGGCCGUUGGCAGAAACCGGAUAUCCAACCGAACCGAAUGGCAACAAACUCCCUGCCAUCAUCCGCUUAUCUCUCCCUCUACAACAAAUCCCCUGUAGCACGUCAGUAUAUAUAUUUAUGCUAUGCACUUUGCUCCAGUAUAUUACUCAAGUUGGGAUCAAGCAUUAGCCAUGGCGGCGUCGUCGACGCUGCUGUUGCUCCUCCUGGCCGUCGUCGUGCUGGCAUUGUCGUCGACGAUGGCGGUGGCGGCGAGGCCCGGCGGGUUCGAGGAGAUCUACGAGGCGCAGGAGGCUGACCGGGUGCAGAGCCUGCCGGGGCUGCCGUCGGAAGUAGGCUUCCGGCACUUCUCCGGCUACGUGACGGUGAACGAGACCCAUGGCCGUGCCUUGUUCUACUGGCUCUUCGAGGCCACCCAUGACGUCGCCAAGAAGCCCCUCGUCCUGUGGCUCAACGGAGGGCCUGGAUGCUCGUCGGUUGGGUAUGGUGCAUUGCUGGAGCUUGGUCCUUUCUUGGUCCAGAAGGGGAAGCCUGAGAUUGUCUUGAAUCCCCACUCUUGGAACAAAGAGGCCAACAUGCUGUUCCUCGAGUCCCCUGCCGGCGUUGGCUUCUCCUACACCAACACCACCAAAGAUCUCGGCCAAUUCGGCGACCAACUCACAGCACAUGACGUGUACAUUUUCCUGCUGAACUGGUUCGCCAAGUUCCCGCAGUUCAAGGGCCACGACCUCUACCUCGCCGGGGAGAGCUACGCCGGCCACUACAUCCCCCAGCUGGCCUCCAAGAUCGUCGAGAUGAACGCCAAGGCGCCGUCGGCGUCGGAGAAGAUGAACCUCAAGGGGAUCCUCAUCGGCAACGCGGCCAUCGACGCGAGCUCCGACGACCGAGGCCUCGCCAAGUACGCGUGGCAGCACGCCGUGGUCUCCGACGAGGUCUACGGCGCCAUCAUGGCAACCUGCAAGUUCCCGGACUCCGGCGAGGAGUCCGACAAGUGCGGCCACGCUUGGGACGCCUUCUUUGACGCCAUGGACGACAUCGACUAUAGCCUCUACACCCCGGCAUGCACUAAAGCCAUGGUCAACUCCUCCUUGGCCUCCGGCGCCGCCUCUCGCCGAUAUCGCCGAAAGGCGUCGCCGUUGGGCAAGAUGCACCGGCACCGGCGUGCGCCUUACUUCGACACGUAUGACCCCUGCGGCGACUACCACGUGGUGGACUACCUGAACCGGCGCGACGUGCAGGACGCCUUGCACGCCAACGUGUCGGGAUCCAUACCGUCCACGUGGCAGCCGUGCAGCGACGCGCUGACCAACUGGACGGACCAGCCGGCGUCCACGCUGCCGGAGAUCGCCGGGCUGGUGGGGAAGGCCGGGAUCCGGGUGUGGGUGUUGAGCGGAGACACCGAUGACCGGGUGCCCGUGACGUCGACGCGGUACGCGCUGCGGAAGCUCGGGCUCAAGACGGUUAAACCAUGGAAGGAGUGGUUCACCAGCGACCAGGUGGGAGGGUACACGGUGGUCUACGACGGCGGGCUCACCUUCGUGACCGUCCGUGGAGCGGGGCACAUGGUGCCCAUGAUCACGCCGGUCCACAAAUUACAUGAAUCUGCUUGUAAAAAAUAUCGUACCAAGUCAACCUGCUUUGGCAACAAAUGCCGUUGGAACGUGAUGACAAACUUUUUCAGGACUCUGGUCCGAUUCUGCUACUCCCCUCGUCCCGAAUUAACAAACGUGUAUUUUUAUAUACGUCAGUUAAUUCGGGACAGAGAAAAUAUAUAAAAUUGAAGUCUCAAAA